GGUUUGCGGGACUGGGGUGUGCUGAUGGGGCGGGGAUUGAUCCCUCCUCCCCUUGAGCCUGUUUGAGUCUGCGUGCUGAUGGGACUGUAUUUGUAUGAGUAUCACGGACACACAGACGAGUGUUACGGUUAAUGACAGUUUCCCCCCCUUGCAUUCCAUUGCGAGCUAAAUCGAUCCUAACGGCUGAAGAAACCCUCCGACGCCCUAUCCAACCGUCGAUGCAUGUGACGUCCAUGCCCUCGUGAACCCAGUCAGCGCAUGGGAGCCAGCGGCUCGAAGACCUCUCGACGAGUCAAAGGAGGAGGGAAGAGAGUCGCCUCCGAACUGUGCCCCGGUCCAUGGCCGCGCAGGAAAUCAUCCAGCAAGCAGGCGGCCAAAGGACACAGCAAGGGAGGUCGACGCAGGAGCCGCUCCACUGAUCCUGACAAGCCGUCCUCGGAGCGGAACAAGGGCCACUCCCCCCCGUCUGCCUCCACGGGCAGCCCCUUGCCCCGAGCCGACGAUGACAUCUCGCCCUCUUCCGCAUCCAACCAGGCCGCCCCGACAAGCAUGCCCGUCACGAGUACGGGGGAGCCCCCCGCAUCCCAAUCAGACGGCGGCGGCACGGAUGAAGGGCCAGGCCCUGAGCCGGUGCUCACGACCCCUCCCCUCUACCCCCUCACGCCCCGCGCCGCCAAGUCGCCGUCCAACACGAUGAUCCGGCUGGAGUACAGAGACCUGCUCAAAGACCUGCGGGGCACUUUCAGCGAGCUGAAGCGGCAGUGCGGCGAAUGGUGGUUCCGUCUCAAGGAGGAGCUGGACCUGCAGACGGCCGUUUGGCAGAGUGAGGGAGGGGAGGGCGACGGCAAGGAGGGGAGGGAGACCAUCCAGAAGGUCAUCAUCGAGGCGGCGCAGAGCGGCGCCAUGUACCAGCUGCUGACUGCGCUGGAGGAGGGCAGGGACAAGGGUGUCGACAUCAUGGGCUCCCUCAGGGAGACGGCCGAGGCGCUCUCGCGCACGGAGGAGUCGCUGGUGGUGCACCAGGAGCUGCUCAUGGCCAUUGCACAAGCUGAUCGGGUGCAGCUCGAUAUGUGGAUCGAACACGCAGCGGCUAUCAACAUGAAGGUGAGCGACAAUCCCUCCCUCUAUGGACGCCACAUACACAGCACAUGCGCAAUAUCGAACCUCUCUUUGUCCGUGGUGUCUUGCAGCUGGACCCUCGGGUGUUCGAUCUCGCCGAUCGCCUUCACGCCGAGGAGACCGAAGCGCUCAACCGCCUGGACAACAGGCAGAAAGAGGUGCGAGCGCAAGAGAAGCUCACCUUCGCCGUCGAAACGCGCGACCCAGAGAUCCUGAUGUCGGCCAUCGGCGACGCCAUCGCGUGUGAGCUGGACGUCAAGGACGCCGAGAAGGUGCUGCAGGAGGUCAUCGAGGAGCUGCAGAAGAUCCGCGAGAUACGCAGGAAGCACCAGCAGAGCCGACCCCGAGCCUCCCGCCCAUCGUUGAGCGAGGGGCAGCGGAAGCAGCCCCCUGCCGCCCCCACUGCUGCUUCUACGGCUGCUGCUGGUGGUGGUGGACCUGCGGGACCCACCGCGCCUCCCCCUCUCAGACCCACACAGCCAGCAGGGAGGGGGGACUCGGCUGGCGAAGGUGAGGCUCCAUUCAACUGGCAGAAGCGGCCGACGUCAUACGCCUUCAACCGUGCUGCCACAGCCGAUGGCGGAUGGGUACACAAUGUGCGAGCGUCCACCAACCAGCAGAGGCAGGACAGGCCGAGAGAACAACCUCAAAGGGAGACCAGCAGGCCGCCCCCGUCCAAGCCACAGCAGCAGGCAGCCAAGGCAAAGGGCGGUGGUCGGGGCGGCGGCCAGAAGGAGAGGUGGUUCACCGAGCCAAGGGAAUGGGAACAGGAGGCGCAGCGUCGCUUCAGAACCCCCCCGCCACGACCGCGUGCGCCCCCACCGAUCCACCGUGCCGCAUCGGCCGAGGAAAUCUCCCCCACCCGUCGCUUCUACGACUCGGAGACCACAUCGUCGGACCUCUCAUCGGAUUUGCCCAGCCGCCGGAGGCAGCGCGGCCCUCAGCGCAGCCGCCGCCCACGGGACACGAGCAGCUCCAGCGGUGCCAGCCAUCGGGCGGCGAGGAAGCCCUACCCACAGACCAAGAAACCCAACUACUACACGUCACCGGCCUACCAGAACCAGCAGAGGGGCCAGGGGCUGCCGAAAGGCAGGGGGCCCUCCAUGGCUGGUGGUGGAACAGGUGGUGGUGGAGGUGGGAGGGGGAGGGGGCCGUCGGGAGGAGCGCCUUCUGCGUCAGCGAGGGCUGGGAGUGGCAGUGCUGCCAGGGGGCGGGAGCAUGUGCCUGGCCGAGGGGGCUCGAGGCCGACUCACCCCUCGCAGCCAUCAUCACAGCAGUCACACAGGUGGGUGGGACAAAGCAAGAGGAGAGCGAGUGGGACGUUGACCGGAUGCCUUUGGGGGUACUGUGUAUGCAGGCAGGGAGCCGUUGCGGCGAAGAGGCAGUGGGCCCUGCCUGUUGAGCAUCUGAGAGUGCUGGACCUGCCAACCACGGCAAUACCAUCGCAGGCCCAACUAAAGGUGCUAAGUGGCGUGACACAGAGCACCUGCCCAACACUGCAGCGACGUGCGUACGUCUCGCAGGCUGCGUAUCGUCAGGCGGCGUUGCGGUGGCAUCCCGACCGUCGGCAGAACCACACACAGCAGGACAAGGCCACCGACAUGUUCCAGAAGGUGCGGGAGGCAUUUGACAUGCUCAUGCCCAUGGCCAGCCCCUGAACAGCCAGGCCCACAAAGAGAGAGAGAGGUUCGCCGGUUUUCUUUUCCCGUCUCGCAUGUUGCUGCGAACGAAGUGACUGCCUACCUACCCACACAGAUGGACGCACGAACAACAUUUGCUUGUGAGCCCUUUUUCGGACAGACAGACAGACAGGUAUUUUGCAAAAGUAACGCUGUGUGUCGGUUAGAUCGACUGACUGACCGGCGUGUGGUGCAGAUAAAGGGAGCGAGGGAGGGGAGGAGGCAGGGGGUAUGCAUACCCACAUGUAUGUAUUGGUUUGGCCAACCGGAGGCAGUCCAGUCCAGCCAGUUGCUGUGUGGGAAAGGGUGCAUAGAAACACUGAGGGAUGGUUGAUGGAUGGUAUUUGGAAUGCGACUGGGCUCUUGCUCUCUAUCUACCUAGUCUAUUCUGGUGUCUUCCAGGCCUUGCUGUAUCUAUCUAUCUUAUCUGUCUGGCUGUUCGUGUGGGGCGGUGGCAGGCAGGCAGGCAUCAGGUGUUGGGGCUGGGGUCGGGGCGGACCAUGGCAGCUUUCUGCUCAACUCGUGUGUUGAUUGCUUGAAUCCGAAGAACAUUUCUGACACAUUGGGUCAUCAAUCAAACGGC